AUUGAAAUAACACAUGGGCCGAAUCAGUUGAUCCAAAGCUAUGACCAAACCCUAAAAGCCUACUCAUUAUUUUGAAACCCUACUCUAUAUAUCGCACACUAGCCACCUAUAAUAGGCAUACAUGAUAUCUUCCCUAACACCGCUGGUCCGCCGCCAUCCCUCGUCUUCAUCAUCUUCUUUAUUCUGCCAUACAUGAGCACUUUCUUUCAUUCUAGUAUGAAGGAAUGCUUCGAUGGUGCCACAAGAGGUUUACAACUUAGGGAUUAUAUAGACCUUGUGUUUUUGGUGGCUAUGAUGCUCAACUUUGUAACCUACCAAUCAGGGAUCUAAACCGGGUAUCAACCCUAUCUGCCGCCAAGUUUUUCCUUGUUGAAUUCGAAGCUUGAACCAGCCAGCGUGAUCUGUCUCAUCGCAGUUGCUGUAGCCGGUAUUUUUGGUAAACUGGUUGAAGGGGCCUCAACAGCUCAGCCCCUGCUCAACCUCAGCCAACCCGGGAUGUUCCCGUUGCACGAUUCGAACGGCGGCGAAUCGCGUAAAAUUGGAAGGAGGGAGAGGUCGAGUGCGAACGCCACCUCCUCGCCGCCGCUGCCGCCACCACAGGCGUGUCAUCGGCUAUAAAACCCUACCCCUGCUAGUCUUCCCGUCGCCACCAGCCUCCUCGCCGAAACCCUAAACCCUUCUCCCCGUUAGGUUUGCCCGCGCGCCCCGACGAUGGCGGAGGACGCACCGCCUGCAGCUCCUGCGAUGACGCCGGAGGAAGUGCAGGCUGAGACCGAGUUGCGGAUGCGCGACAUAGGCCAGCGCUUUGGCGCUAUCCCGGAGGACCACGACGAGCUGCUCCGUUUACUCGAGGAAGCCGAAACCUGGCUGUCCAGGGUGGAUCAAUCUCCGCCCGAGGGCAUGUACAAUGCUCUUCGCCCCACCAUGGCUGUUUUGAUUACAAAUGAGCUACUGGAGCACCCUGAUCCCAACGUGAAGGUUGCUCUCACCUCUUGCUUAACUGAAGUUACCAGGAUUACUGCGCCAGAGGCCCCCUAUGACGAUGAUGUUAUGAAGGAUGUGUUUAAGAGAAUUGUGGAGACUUUUGCUGAGUUGGAUGACAUGAACAACCCCUCCUUUGCAAGGAGGGUUUCAAUCCUUGAUUCUGUUGCAAGGGUUCGUUGUUGUGUUCUGAUGUUGGAUCUUGACUUGGACCAUAUGAUACUGGACAUGUUCCGUCAUUUCUUCAAAACUGCCUCCACCAGGCAUUCAGAACAAGUCACCCACUGUAUGGAAAUUAUAAUGAUGUUUGUAAUUCAGGAGAGCGAUGAUGUCCAUGCUGAACUGGCAUCGUGCCUGCUUCAGAACCUUACAAGAGAAGCACAAGAAACUCUCCCAGCAUCUUUUGGACUUGCAGAGAGGGUACUAGGCCUAUGUAGGGACAAGCUCAAACCAGUGCUUCAUGAGUUACUUAAGGGAACUCCUUUGGAUGAAUACAGCAACGUUGUUACGACGUUGUUCCAAGAUGCUGGAGAAAACAAUGUUGAUGCAUCAGGAGAAGACAUGGCAGCCAAAGGGAAACUUUCUGAAAAGCCUGUUUCUGACGAGUCACCACAGGAAACUUCAAAGGUAGACCAAAAUGUCAAUUGCCUAGGCCAAGAAGGUAGUAGUCCAAACAGUACUCCGACAACCGCCAUUAGCAAUGGUGCUGCUCCAGUUGACAAUGUCAAAUCUCCAGAUGGACCAGAUUCUUCAAAACAGAAGCAAGAACUGACUUCUGGUGACGAGCAGACACCAGAUUCUUCUAAACAGAAGCAAGAACUGACUUCUGGUGAUGAGCAGACACCAGAUUCUUCUAAACAGAAGCCAGAACUGACUUCUCUUGACAAGCAGACCAAAAGUUCUGAGCAAUUGAUAUCUUGUGACCAAGAAGUACGAGAACCAGUGACUGUUGAAACUGAAAAGCUAUCUGAUGUCAAUUCAAAGAAAGAUCACAAGCUUUGUUCUUCCAUUGGAUCUGAGAUGGCUGAACAAUCAAAGGUUGUUAAAGACAAUGAGAGUAUAGUAGCAUCUGAGGAGUUAUCCCCAGGGACAAAUGAUGUUGAUAAAAAGCAGAUAACAGAGACCGGCAAUAUAACUACUGAGGAAUCAUCAAAACCAAGUGAUACUAAGCCUGCUGUGGUUAAGCCAAAGAGAGGCCGACCUCCAGCAGCAAAGUCUCAGGAGAAAAAGCCUGCUGGAAAGAAACAUGCAUCAGACCUAAAAUCUGCAAAACUUGAUCCUAUCACUGAUUCUGGAGGGAGAGCUACACGGCACCUGAAUAAAGAUGCUGCGAAGUCUUCAUCAACCAAGGCUGCUGAAGGAGAAUCUGAGAAGAAGCAACAUAAAACCAGUAUGAAAUUGCAGAAAGAAGAUGCUGUCUCUGAUAAAGACACCAAUGAGGAUAUUAGUUUGAAGGAAAUGAUGUCCCCAACAAAAAUCGAUAAAUCAAAAGGCCAACAAGAGGAUAAUGGGGCAUCAUCAAAAAGAAAAAGUUUGCAGGAAGCUCAAGAGACCCCUCUAUCAAAGAAAAAUAAAAUACUUGAUGAAAACCUUAUUGGCUCAAGAAUCAAAGUUUGGUGGCCAGAUGACAAAAUGUUCUAUGCGGGUGUUGUUGAAUCAUUCGAUGCCUCUUCAAAGAAGCACAAGGUUUCGUAUGAUGAUGGUGAUGUUGAGGUACUAAUGCUUAAGAAGGAAAGAUGGGAGUUCAUUUCUGAGGAACAAGACACUGAUCCUGAUGCGGUAUCUAAUAUGCCACGUGGCAGAAAAGCUAAGGGGAGCUCGGGUCCACAAAUGAAAGGAGGGAAAACAGGAACACCUCAAAGUGAUGUUAAGAAUCCUCCCAAGAAGAGAGGGCGUCCAAAAGGCAUGCACGACAGCAAUAAUAUGCCAAAUGCUGAUAGCUCUGUGACUCCAGCCAGACUGAAGGGAAAAAGUGUUGAGAAGGAUACUCAAGUGACACCUAAGACUGGCAAUAACUCCAAGAAGGAAGGUGCAAGGCACUCUCGAUCUACUACUGGAAAAGCUCAGAAUGCUGUUGUCAAGGCAAGCAGCAAGGAUGAACCUGAUAGCACCGACAACUCAAAAGAUGAUGCUGGUAGUGAAGACAAGAAUUCAAAAGAUGAAGUGAAAUCCAGCGAAGGUAACGAUGGAUCCAAGACCAAUGGUCUUUCAACCAAAAGGAAGCUAGAGGAGAAUGAAGGUGAGUCAUCAGAGGAGAAGGGUUCUGCUAAAACUACUACCAGAAAGAAGCGCAGAAGAAAGAGCCGCAACUAGUUGCUCAGAAGCUAUGCAGCUCAUCAUCUUAGGGGCGUUCCGCCCUUGCAGUCUAAAGUCUCAAGUUGCUGGCAUGGGACAUGCCAUGUAUGCUUUAUAUUGCCUGGACCGUUUUACCAGCUUAGCGCUUUGGCAAUUUGGGCAUCAUGAGUCGGCUCGUAGUUGUAGCAGUCUUGGCGUGUUUGGAUCACCGCCGCUGGCACCACGCCGCACCACACUUCGCGCGUCGCAGUUAUGGCGGCCGAAUCAGCCGCCGUACCUUAGGCGGGGUGUGGCGCUAGACGCCAGCGUCCAAACAGGCCUUUAAACUCUCAAUAGGAGCUAUAAUGUUUGGUCUUACUUUUCUUUUUAGAAUCUCGUUGCCAACGGUUGUGCCUCUGGCAAAAAUGGAUUUGAUGCUUUUGCUCUGCUUAAAGCUUUUGUGCCAAAUCGUAAUGCAUUUCGACUUAUCUUCUGGCAAACAAAAGUAUGCUCCUGUUAUGAAGCGAAUGUUUCAGAAGAAAAGUAGUCUGAGUUUGUACUUCCUCUGUUUCUUUGUACUUCUUCUGUUUUAUAUUAUAUGUUAUUUAUUUUUGUAAA